UCUUUUCGCGCUUUGUCGCAACCGCGACGGGAUGUUGUACAAAAUCGAGGGGGAAGAGAGAAAAAAAGCGACACGAUAUUCCACUCUGCGGCUCUUCCGCGAGGCGGCGAGCGCACGCUAGUAUAGUUAUUAUACAAGCGAUGCCAUAAUCGAUGAUCCCGCCGGUUAUUAAUUUCUACCUGUCCGACGAGUCCGCGGGUCGAAUUGGAGUUUUCACCGGGGGGCACGGAGAGGGAAAGUGGCGUGAGGUGAAAAUUCCCCGACGAAGACCGGCGUCUAUACGCCUCCGGUCGCGUAAUGCACACUCGAGGAUCCCACGCGAGCCGAUAAUUGUCCGGCGAUUAUUUUUUUAAAAGACGACAACCGCCGAGGGCGUUUCACGUCUUUUCGGGAUCCCUCUCGAGGCGUGAAAAAAGCGCGAAAGUUGGCCGCUCGUUCCCGGGCGAGACCUCUUUCCCUCCCAUGAAUAAUGUCCCCAGGGGUUUAUGGGCCCUGCGUAACCGAUUUUGUUUACACUUCUGGGAGUCCUCUCGCUUUUUUUCUCCCCCCCACGUCUUCCUGUUACGCGAGAUCUGGACGAUCGCUUUUUAUAUUCCACGUGCACGCGGGGGAAGAUCGAACGGUGACAUUUGCGGGCCCUCGGACUCGACGUUAAUUAUUCUUAGCGUGGGCCUCGAUCGUGAUCGCUCGCCGAUCCGGCGAUUGCCCUUCGGGGGAAUAAAGCAAACCGUAUCGAUCCUCCUCCGGCGAGGCUACCGACGAACGCGGAAUGUGGGUUCGGUUGAGGGGAGCGAAAAUGUCAACGGAGAGCCAAUCGCUAGGUGCAUCCUAUUAAAGGUUCAGAGAUCAUAAUGUGGACGUACCCUUAAAGCGGGAAAGAUCCCGACUCCGCGAUCCCUCGUGAUAUAUAUCCGUGGCCUUUGGCGGUCGCUUAAGAGACGAUAAAUCCACGCGUCGCCGGCUCGGGGAAAAAUAAUUGCAUCCUUAUACGGAGGGUGCGGGGAUGCCGCGGGGAUGCCGCCGGGUCCUCGGAGAUGGACCGGGCAAUUAACGCUGCACAAAUCGGGACCCAUCGAUUCCAGAAAACAGCCGCGUCUCGGAUCGCCGAGGGCCUCCUCGAGAACACGGCCAAUUACUCGCGCUCCUUCGCCGCACCCUCUUCGCGGCGUCCUCCGCGAGUCGGCUUUUGUGCUCCAGUCGUGCGUGCGGGAGGGAAAUGGCCCGAAUGAAAAAUGUGCGGAAGAAAGUGCCGGGGAAUUUUCAUUCGAAGUAUUUUUCGAUAUCUCGCCCCGCGUACGAGCUUUCCCCGGCCCCCCCGGAACGCUCGCGUGACUCGUACAGGGAACGAUUAAAAUCGGGCCGUGAUUCAGCCGGGAGAAUGUGAAAAGCAAUGAAAGGUACAUUCCCCGAUCUUAGAUCCCGGACAAAGAGAUGCAUCUGGAAGAAGGCACGCGACCGCGGGACGUCGUAAGGCCCUUUCGUCACCGCAUUUGUCGCGAUACGAUCGUCUCUAUCCGUGAGGCGAACCGUCGACGCGCUCGGAGGGGAUACACGCGUCGGGCCCGGGGAACGCGAUAUAAAGAGAGAAGAUUCUCCCCGAUCUGCGCUACUAGGAUCCCGUAGUUCUAAGGCGCCGCGUGAUGGUAACUCGCGGUGUGGUGUAGGAGAAAUUUAAAAAAAAAAAAAAAUAAGAAAAGAAGCAUCUCAAGCACGAUCUGCCGAGUCGUCAUGGAUCGUCGCCGAGGAUCCGUCAGUUCCCUGGUCCUGCUCCUCCUGGCAGGAGCGUGUACCGCCGAAAAGCUAUCUCCAAACCAAAAAGCGCCUCCCUUUGCCCGGGGUGCCGGAGGUCUGAGUCUUCCGACUCCUCUGGAGGGUGGUGCCCCGAAGAGCCCCUCGGUGAGUGAGAACGGGGUUCAAUGGGACGAGACUUCGGACUUCAAGGAGGUAGACGGCCAGGUCGUCCGCGUGGUCCAGGGCACCCUGUCCUACAACAGUCCUGAGGGACUGCCGAUUUUCGUCAAGUACAUGGCGGACGAACAGGGUAAUAAAGCCAGCUUCAGAUUCGGUACCGGACAAGGUGGGACCUCGGGAGGACCUCGCGGAGGUCCCCAAUAUCCUGGAUCGACCUCAGGGGGCGGAUACCCGCCUCAUGAGAGACCCGGAGGCGGAUCCAGCACCUACUUGCCACCGAAAAACGUCGACAACACUUAUUUGCCACCCUCGUAAUAUUCCUCAUAGAUUUCUCAUUUCUAUUUUUUUUUUUCUCGCCAGGAAUCCCAUGCCCCGGUCCUCUGCCUAUUUUCUAACUCGCAUUAAUGGAUCGAAUCGAUCGAACGGAGAUCGGCAUCGAAUUUCUUCGGUACACAUUCGCAUAGAACUACCCCGUAUCUCGUGAAAUUGUGGAGAGUCGUCGAUUUUAGUUAUUUUAUUAAGGCAAUGCGUAAUUCACAAAAAUAUGUACCCGACGUCUCUAGAUGACGUCUUCUAAGUUAAUGUAGUAUUUGUACAAUACAUAAUGUAUCUACGAU